CAGCCUCCGGAGCGCGGAAAGGCGGGGCCGGUCCCUCUGGCUGCCCGCGCCUCCGCCCCUCGGACCCGGCUGCCGGAGCGGGGUGCCCAGCGCGCGGGCGCACGACGGCCAGAGCGCCGAGGCUGUACCUGCAGCCCAGCAAUGAAGAGAGUCCAGGAGAAUCCACUGGAGCUGGCGGAGACGUUUCCUGCGCCUGGGGUUGCUGCUGCCGCCGCGGCUGCUUAAAACUCCCAAAGUUGAGAGCUAGCGAGAGGCUGCCGCCCGCCGGGAGCCAGAGGGAAAGGAACUCGGAAGAUGCAAGAGUGACAGCCAGAGACAGAACAGACGCACAAACCUUCGGAAGACACCACCGUCGGCGGCCUAUCCCCAGAGCCCUUAAGGCUCCUCAGCUCUGUUCACUGGUGGAAGGCUGAGCUGGUGGCAAAGGCGCCUGGAAGAGACUUAGAGGCGACCAUAAUGUCUUUGCGUUUACACACACUGCUCACCCUGCCUGGAGUUGUCAGACCCGGCUGCAGGGAACUGCUGUGUUUGUUGGUUAUUACAGUGACUGUGAGCCCUGCUGCCUCCGGGGUGUGCCCCACAGCUUGCAUCUGUGCCACUGACAUCGUGAGCUGCACCAACAAAAACCUGUCCAAGGUGCCUGGGAACCUUUUCAGACUGAUUAAGAGACUGGAUCUGAGUUACAACAGAAUUGGGCUUCUGGAUUCUGAGUGGAUUCCAGUAUCGUUUGGAAAGCUGAACACCCUAAUUAUUCGUCAUAACAACAUCACCAGCAUUUCCAUGGGCAGUUUUUCCACAACUCCAAAUUUGAAGUGUCUUGACUUAUCAUCCAAUAAGCUUAAGACCGUGAAAAGUGCAGUGUUCCAAGAGUUGAAGGUUCUGGAAGUGCUCCUACUUUAUAACAAUCACAUUUCCUAUCUCGAUCCUUCAGCGUUUGGAGGUCUCUCCCAAUUGCAAAAACUCUACUUAAGUGGAAACUUUCUCACGCAGUUUCCCAUGGAUUUGUAUGUAGGAAGGUUCAAACUGACAGAACUGAUGUUUCUAGACGUUUCUUAUAACCGGAUGCCCUCCCUGCCAAUGCACCAUAUAAAUUUAGUGCCAGGAAAGCAGCUGAGAGGCAUCUACCUUCAUGGAAACCCAUUUGUCUGUGACUGUUCCCUUAACUCGUUGCUGAUCUUUUGGUAUCGUAGACACUUUAGCUCAGUGAUGGAUUUUAAGAAUGACUAUACCUGUCGCCUGUGGUCUGACUCUACGCACUCCCAUCAGGUGCUUCUGCUCCAGGAUAGCUUUAUGAAUUGCUCUGACAGUAUCAUCAAUGGCUCCUUUCGUGCACUUGGCUUUAUUCAUGAGGCUCAAGUCGGGGAAAGGCUGAUUGUUCACUGUGACAGCAAGACUGGUCAUUCAAAUACUGAUUUCAUGUGGGUCAGUCCAGAUAACAGACUGCUGGAGCCGGACAAAGAAGUGGAAAACUUUCAUGUGUUUCGCAAUGGAAGCCUGCUUAUAGAAAGCCCUCGUUUUGAGGAUGCUGGAGUGUAUUCCUGUAUUGCAAUGAAUAGGCAACGCCUGUUAAAUGAAACUGUGGAUGUCACAAUAAAUGUGAGCAAUUUCACUGUAAACAGAUCCCAUGCCCAUGAAGCAUUUAACACAGCUUUUACCACUCUUGCCGCCUGUGUGGCCAGCAUCGUUUUGGUACUUUUGUACCUGUAUCUGACACCGUGUCCCUGCAGGUGUAAAGCCAAGAGACAAAAAAAUAUGCUAAACCAAAGCAAUGCCCAUUCAUCUAUUCUCAAUCCCGGCCCAGCUAGUGAUGCCCCCGCUGAUGAACGCAAGGCAGGUGCAGGUAAAAGAGUGGUGUUUUUGGAACCCCUGAAGGAUACCGCAGCAGGGCAGAAUGGGAAAGUCAGGCUCUUUCCCAGUGAAACGGUUAUAGCUGAGGGCAUCUUAAAGUCCACGAGGGUGAAAUCUGACUCAGAUUCUGUCAAUUCAGUGUUUUCAGACACACCCUUUGUGGCGUCCACUUAGUUUUGUGCCUGCAUUUCUAUUAUCUUUACCUUUGUGUGUGGUCUACAAAAGAAACAUCAGGACAGAAAUGGUUUUUGGUUUUUGAAAUACAACCAAAUGGUCUCUAAAAGGUUGUUAGGAAACGUAGUAUAGCCCUUUGGUUCCUCAAUGUGCCAGAGAAAGAUGGGGUUGUUCUCCAGAGUUAAAGUUCUAGAUAAUGAUAGCUAGUCUUUAGCACCACUGAUCAUUUCAAAGCUGGCCUAGAGGUGAUUUAACUGACAUUGUCUUUUUAUUCUGGAUUCUUGAAAGAAAAAUUAAAUUUUGUGUAUUGGUGUUCUUUAAAAAGAGAGUUUACUAACUUAUUAGGACAAAAGUUAUUUUCAAGAAAAGCAUCAGUGUCCUAUUUCAUUUGGAAGAACCAAACAGCAAUUAUUUAUAAAGCCUAAAAUAAAGUUAGAUUUGGGACUAAUUCAGCUAAAUUCAUCAUUUCAGACCAGAGUAAACAGACUUCACUGAUAAAAUUUACUUAGUAGUGCUGCGUCCCUCAUCAUGUUAGAUAAAUAGUGCAAUAAAGGUACAUUUGUUUGACCAUCUUUUCAUGCUGUAAAUUUCCUAUCCUUGAAAAGAUCUUAUUGAAAGUUUAAAGUCAUCAUUAUUUGUUGCCAUAAAUAUGUGGAUGUCAAUACCAAAAUGUCUUCUUAAAGCUUUGUUCUAGUAGACUAAUAUUUGUUCAUAUGCUAGUGUGUAUGUAACUCUUAAAUUAUAUGAACUAUUAAAUUGUGCUUUGAACAUAUGACAUAAUGUAUGUAUUCUAUGACUUGAUGCUUUGUUUUAUUUGGCUAUUUAAAAACAUAAAUCUAAGAUGUUAUAUG